AUGUAUCUUCAUCAGACUCGUGCUAAAUUAUUCAAUUUGCUAGAUAUAUGUAAGAAAAAAGGGGCCGCCACCCCGCGAGCAAUUCCUCCCGAGACUCUUAACUCUGCAACCAAGGUGUUCGCCUUUAUUAGAGAUAUAGGUUGGUGUUCAAGAAAGUAUGGGCCCGAAGGUUACACACUGUACUUGGAAACGGGCAAGAUCUACUUGCUGCGCAUUGUUAACGCAGCAGUUAACGAAGAACUCUUCUUCAUAAUUGCAGGGCACAAACUAACAAUUGUUGAGGUUGAUGCUCCGUACACAAAGCCUUUCGAAACUGAGGCAAUUUUCAUAGGUUUAAGCCAGACAACAAAUGCCCUUUUAGCAGCAGAUCAAAGUAUUGGCAAGUAUCUAAUAGCCAUUUCGCCUUUUAUGGGCACCAUAGCAGCCACUGAUAACCAAAUUGCAACCGGUAUCUUGUGCUACAACGGCAUUGUACCAUUUUCUGCCACGUCCCUCACCGCCAUGCCUUCACUGAAUGCAACAAAAGUAACGUCUUCCUUCAUGGACUCCCUUCGAAACCUUAAUUCCAAAACUUACCCUACCAAUGCCCCCACUGAAGAUCGACCACUCAUUGUUGUUCACCAUUUGUGUUGGUGUCAAUCAAUGUGCAAGCCGUGUUGUGGCUGA